AUGUUUGCAAAUGGAUGAUUUUACAAGGAACUGUGACAGUUAAUCACAUGAAAAUGAAGGAAACAAUUGUCUGCCUAAUUUUUCUUCUAGUCUUUGGUUGUAAUAUAAUAUCAGAAUGUGUUGCAUUUGAAUGUCAACACCUUAACACAUCAUUUAUACCAUUGUCUGGGGAAUGGAUAUCAAAGACAGAUGGAAAGUUUAAGAAAAACGUAACGUACACAAUCAGCUUAUGUGGACCAAUCAAUUCAAAAGCUGAGACUGGAAAUAGCUGUGUAUCAGGGACGGCCAUUUGUAUGACUUAUGACAAUGGGACGAGUCUGUCGGCGGGAAGUUUUGCUUCUGAGCGCGAUGAGAUACCUGGAGUUCACAAUGAGGAGAUCGGGGAAUCGUGGCUGGCUUUUGCUGGUGACAUAUGCCCAGAAAACACAGAUUACAACAUGACAACCCUCAUCAAUAUUAAGUGUGGAUUAACUAAGGGCUCACCAAAGUUUUUGGAUAAUACGGGCUGUGUGAACUAUUUCGAAUGGGAGACCAAUGUUAUGUGCAAGCACACCGAUGAUGACCCCUUGCCCAAUAAAGAGGUCAGGUGCUAUUACUAUGACAACCACAAACGCUACGACCUUUCACCUCUUGCUAUGAAAAAGGGAGGCUACCUUAUCUCAUCCGAGCUAGACACCGACAUUUACAUUAACAUCUGCCGUGACAUUAACCCAGUUGGCCCAACUCAGGGCUGCCCUGCUGGGUCAGGUGCGUGUAAAGUUCAGGGCGCGGGCACCGCCAGUGCCACCCAUCUUGAACUGGGCUCCCCAGUGUCAGACCUUGCGCAAGAUAAGAACGGGCGUCUGGUGCUUGUGUACAAGUCGGAGGAGACGCCAGCGGGCUGCACGUCCCCGCCCACCACGACCAUUGAGUUCAUUUGUCCUGACAAGGGUCAGAGCAAAGAUCCGAUGGUGACUGAAGACUUUGACUGUCAGUAUGUGGUUGAAUGGCAAACGGAGUACGCGUGUGAGGAGAGAACACUGACAAACUCCUCGUGUCUUCUUUCAAGUCCGCGUUAUGACCUUGACUUUGACCUUCGACCCCUCACAUUGCCUCCAGGUAAAAACUACAAAGUGAGCUACGACAAGAACGGUGACGCGUAUAACUACUUCAUCAACGUGUGCGCAGAGACGGGCAUUCAGUGCCCAGAUGAGGAACACAAACGUAACAUUCCUGCAUGUCAAAUCAGUCAGAAAAAUUCCGACUAUGGAAAAAGUAUGGGGAGCACAGACCAUAUGUCUAUCAGUUAUGUUGACAAUGACCUAGUUCUCACAUACAAGGGAGGAGACGGUUGUGAGCACAACAGAAUGCAGCGUCAGACCGUUAUAAACUUCAAAUGCAACAUGUCAGCAGAAAAUAAUGGAGCAGGUAAUCCCAAGUUCAAUCGUGAGGGUGACUGUAUAUACUUCUUCGAUUGGGACACAAAAUAUGCGUGCAUCGACCAUCCUGUGGGAGAGGAGUGUGGUAUCAAGCAAGGAAAUCAGAGAUACGACUUCUCCAGCCUCAUCAAAACAACUGGCAGUAAUUGGCUCGCCCUACAUGAUGGUGACACUGAGGCAACCAGCAAGGAUUUCUACAUCAAUGUCUGUCACACUGUCCUGCGGUCAGGGGAAGCCUCCCGAUGUGAUCCAGGGGCAGCAAUCUGUCUCAGAGAGCAUCUGUCUACCAAGAACCUUGGACGCUACGAGAAGGCUCCUUUCUACAACGAGAAAAUCAACAUGACCCAGAUUGUGUACAGCAAUGGAGACGUAUGCGGGGAUGGAAGGAUAACUUCCACUAUUACUUUCAUCUGCAUGCCAGGCUCGGAGGAGAGUGCACCCGUACUGAUCCAUGUAUCGACAGAUGAGUGCAAAUAUGAGUUUGAGUGGCAUACUGCUGUCGCCUGUGAACUUGGUCAUUUCAAGGGAGAUAACUGCAGGGUUCAGGGAAAUGGGUUUAUGAUAGACCUGUCUCCCCUGAAGAAAGCGGGCAAAGACAACUACAAGGCAGAUUCUCCCACAGACUCUGCUCACGACUACCUUGUGAACGUGUGUGGGCCCCUACAGGGAACCGGCUGUGAUGGGUUGCAGGAAGGACAGGCUGGAGUCUGCCAAGUCCCCACAACGGGAGAUGGUGAGUCUUUCAAUGCUGGUCAGUUCACGCAGCAGCUAACAUACUAUGAUGGCAUGAUUAACCUGACGUACACGGGCGGUACCCCCUAUCACGACACUGACAAGACGCCAAGACAGUCUGAAAUUAACUUCCUGUGUGACCGUAAUGCUGGCAUGGGCAACCCCAAGUUUCUUGUUGAGGCAGCCAGCAACCAUUCGUACCUGUUUGAGUGGCGCACGGCCUUUGCAUGUCCCGGAACUCCGAUGGAGUGUGUUGUGGAGGAUAAAGUGUCGGGGACCCAGUAUGACCUGUCCAGUCUGGCAAGGUCCAGUGAUGAGGAAAACUGGUCUGUGGCUGGACCGACCAGUGGGAGCAAGUUCUAUCUGAAUGUAUGCGGACCCCUUAACUCUGUGGGAAAAGGGACAGGAUGCUCUGCCUUAGCUUCUGUGUGCAGCACUACCUUACAGGAUGGCAAGGAGCAGGUGGACAAUGCUGACCUAGGGCGGGUCAGUACGGGACUUGCUAUUGAAGUUGAGGGGCGUCUCAAACUUCGGUACGAGUCACCAGGGCUAUGUCACAAUGGAAGUGCUAGUGUCCCAUAUGUCACCAACAUACACUUUAUCUGUCAGAAGGAUGCCAUGUCCUCAGGCCCCCAGACACCAGUGAAGGACGGUCCGUGUGAGUUUACAUUCACAUGGCUGACCUCUGCCGCCUGCCCGCUGACCCGUGACAAGGAAGUGUCCAACCGCUCGUGCAGCGUGAAGGAUCCCAACAGCGACUACGUUUUCAACCUGCAACCACUAAACAAAACUGGGCCUUAUGAGGUUAAGUCAGGAGAUAUGUCAUUCCUGCUGAGUAUAUGUGGGAGUAUCUCCACUGAUAGAUGUCCUGGCAUCCCCGUGGAUGACAAGACGGUGCCUGCGGGUGUGUGUGAGUUAGCCACCAUCAAACAGGCCCUGGCAGAGCCCAGCACAGAUCUCGACUUUAGCAAAACAGGCAAGAUGGUCCUGAAGUUUGAUGGAAAAAGAAACAGCAACGGUGAACGAGUAAACGUUGAGGUGGAGUUUGAGUGUGACUCAUCACUUGACCUCGGUACGCCAGAGUUUGUGGCUCUGGAAGGGAUCACGUAUCGGUUCCAGUUCCGCACUUCGCUUGUUUGUGCACCAAGGGGAACUGACUGUGUGGUUCAGGAUGAUGCAGGGCAUCAGUACGACCUCACGCAGCUGGCAAGGGACACUUGGUGGAAGGCCGUGGACUCAAGAGGCAGCCAGACAUACUACAUCAAUGUCUGCAGGCCAGUCAAUAAUGCACCUGGCACGUCAUGUCCAGACGGCCCUAUUGGUGGUUGCCAGUCUGCCGCCAACAAUCGAUCAUUCAAUAUUGGAUACAUCCAUUCCAAGCCGGUAGCGAACGAUGGGACACUAAGUCUACACUAUCGCAAUGGUGACUUGUGCCACGUGGGUACCCCCAACCAGGCCCACCGCAGCACCACCAUCAACUUUGUCUGUGGAAGCACGGAGCAAGGUCCAGUGUUUAUGGAGGAAACAGAGACUUGUGAGUACGUCUUCAACUGGGUCACACCUGCUGCCUGUCCCCUUCAGAGAAUUGUAGGAAAAGAUUGCCAUGUGACGGAUCCUCGAUAUGGAUACCAGUUUGACCUGACCCCUCUACGCAAGGCGGGAACGGAUUACCGCGUAAAGGACGGAGAAUACGAGUAUGUGUUGAAUGCUUGCGGGGCCCUUGUGGACUCAACUACAUGCGGGGAGGGAGCAGGGGCCUGCCAGACUAAGCCAAACUCUGACUUCACCUCAAUCACUGCUGGCAAAGCCAACUCCAGUAUAAUGUACAGUAAUGGAGAGUUGACGGUGACAUACUUGGGAGGAAAGGCCAACUGUCAUGGCCAAUAUGAAAGACAAACGAUCAUCAAGUUCACUUGUGAUGCAUCCAAGGAUGGCACAGAUGGACCAAUAUUCAUAGAGGAGUCGUACAACUGUAAGUACGUGUUUGAGUGGCCGACCCAUCGAGCCUGCCCACCCUGGAAGGCCGGUGCUUGUGCACUUUCCAACGGGGGCAAUAAUUAUGACCUUUUUGACCUCACCAUGACCAAUGACAAUUACGAGGCUCGUGACGGCGACAUCAAGUACAUCAUCAACGUCUGCAGAUCUGUUAUCCAUCAAAAAAAUGCCCUCUGUCCAUAUGACUCUGCUGUGUGUAUGGUGGACACAACUAAACUGGACAAUGACACCAAUAAAUACCAGGACUUGGGCGAGCCAAACAGUGACCAGAUCUCUUUUGAGGCGGGUCAUCUUGUGUUGACAUACACGGGUGGGAUAACAUGUGACAGUAGUGGAGGAAAAAUGAAGACGGUCAUAUUGUUCCAGUGUGACCCACAGGCAAAGGAUACCAGCCCAGGAGACCACUUCAUGGUGGGUGAAUGUGAACACCACUUUACAUGGACGACGUCUGCAGCCUGCCCCAUGGGGGAGGUCAAUAACCCAACCAUCUUGACAUCCAACAUAACCUGCCAAGUAAAGAAUCCACGCUCAGAGUUUGUGUUUGACCUGACGAGCCUACGAUCCACUAGCACCCCCUGGAAGAUCGAGCAUGAGAACCACAAGUACGAGUUUAACGUGUGUGGCCCGCUGAAGGGUAGCGUCUGUCAUGUGAAUGAUUCCAAUAUUGGUGUAUGCCAAUCGGAGACGUCCGACAGCCAGAGGGCAUAUAAUGGGGGUGAUGCAGUACACGACCUGUUUUACGAUAACGGGAAUGUGGUUCAGGAACUGUCAGGAGGAGACCCGUGCCACAACAACCAGUUCAAACGUAGCACGUACAUUACUUUUGUGUGUAAUGAUCACCAUGGUAUUGGGCGUCCCGUUUUUCAGGGAGAGACUGAUGAUUGUACCUACUACAUCUCCUGGAGCACAAAUCUUGUCUGCGAGAACGAUGUCAAGUGUACGGUGGACACUGGAUCUGGAACUCUUGACCUGUCCAGCCUGUCCAGGGUCACGGACAAGGUUGUCACAUCGACGUACGAUGGCUCCACAUUCUACCUGAGUGUGUGUUCCCCUCUCACCCCCACUGCCGGCCUUCUGUGCCCCCCUGGGGCAGCUGUUUGCCAAGUGAAACCUGGCAACACCAACCUACAAGUGAGCCUUGGUAAGCCAAGUCAGGCACUCGACUGGGAUGCAGCGUCACAAACCGCGAUCCUGCGUUACGUAAAUGGAAACCAGUGUGACACAGAUACAACUCGCAACUUUACCUCCAAGAUCGUCUUCUCAUGUGGCACGGACCCGAGGAGCAGCCCUGUGUUUGUGAGCAAGGAUGACUGUGUGUUUACGUUUAGUUGGUCAGUCCCCAACGUGUGUGUUGCCCCCGCCAGUGCGGCCCCACCCACAGUAAACAUGUGUGGGUUCAAUGACAAAUCCCUCGGACAGACGUACGACUUCAAACAGCUCGGAAGUAAGACUUACGAGGUGAAUGACCCAAGUUCAAAUGAGAUCUAUGUGGUAAGAAUGUGCGGAAACAUUACCUCUGGAGGCUACCAGGCCUCAUGUAAUGGAGCCAUGGUAUGCCGGAAGAGGGAUGGACUGUCGUUCGGCGCUGCAAGAAACUUUCACUCAACGAAAGAGGAAAAUGCUAUCAAAUUUACGUACGCUGAAGGAGAAAAAUGCUCCGGGGACCGUAAAGCCGAGAGUCACAUCCGAUUUGAGUGCGAUCGUACAGUGAAAGAUGGCGGGAAACCUGAGUUUCUGGACGGGAUCGGCUGUGACAUUGAGCUCGUCUGGAAGACCGAUGUUGUCUGUCCUAUCCAGUUCUCUCCUUGCCGAACCAUCUCAGAUGGACAUGUGUACGACCUUUCACUUCUGUCAAAAACGUCUGGUGCUUGGAACAUAACAGACGCAGACAAAAAUGACUACUGGUUCAAUGUGUGUGGGUCGCUGAAGGGCUCUAGUAUCCCCGGAGAGUGUGGGUCGGGCUCGGUGGCAUGUCGAAAGUCUGGGGAUGACAUUACCUCCCUUGGAUCCUUUUCUGCUGGCACCGAUCUCUAUAUGGACAGCCACACUAAUACCCUGGUUCUUGAAUAUAAGAAUGGAGGUGACGCCUGUCCCAAACAUCGUAGCGACAACAGCCGCCCCGCCAACACCCGUAUUGUAUUCUCCUGUGGCAGCACAAUAGGGGCUCCCGUACUCAAGGACAGUGAUUACAACAAGGACCGGUGUAUAUUUGAGUUCACGUGGAACACAAGCCUGGCCUGCAAGGUGCAAAGACAGAAUGUAACUGUUGUUAACGGUAUGGUGAAGGACCCCAGAUCUGGCAUUGCUGUCAACCUCGCCCCCAUCUGGGAUCAGCAGUUCAAGUACAAGCAGCAGGGCACAGUGUUCGAGUUGACUUUGAACGGCAGCACGAGCCAUUGCAGCAACGGGGCUGUCGUCUGUCUAAACCGGGCCAAGAAUAACAAGGUCCUGGGCAUGAAAUCACAUGCUGCCUUUUUCAUGGAAGAUGAACGUGUGGAAGCCCGUUAUUCUACGGACACACGGUGUUCUGGGGACCUGGCCCAGGAAAAUGUUACCUCAGUCAUACAGUUUGUCUGCAGUUCAAACAAUAUUGGCCCGAGACUCAUUCACAAUUCCUCAGAAUGUUUGUAUGUGUUUAACUGGGAGACAACGGCGGCGUGCCUCACAGCAUCCAUUACUUUACCAAUACCUGCUAACCCGUCAGCAGGGGGCCAGUCAACAGAUGGCAAAGGCGGGCUUAACCCCGGUGCUACAGGUGCCCCUUCCAGCAAGAAGGGUGGCCUUUCAGGAAAGACAGUGGGCAGUGUUGUGGCCACCUUCUUUGCCCUCAUUGUUUUCUGUGUCCUGCUGGUCGUCUUCCAUAGAAAAGAGAGAAGGGAAACAUGCUUUAACAAUAUGAGGGGGCUGUUCUCCCGGACAAACAGACGAGAGUAUUCCCAGCUGCCCACAGAUGGGAUUGACGAUAUUUUUGGGGAAGGAGAUGAAGUCAUCACUGUCGAGGACGCAGCAGGGGGCCUUCGGAACGACACCGCCCCCACAGAAAAUGACCACAUUGUUUCCGUGGAAACAAGAAGCAAAACAUACCAUGACGAUAGUGAUGAAGAACUGUUGGCAUAGCGACAGGGGGAGGGGAAAUCUCAAACAUUUUCGCAACCAAUAUUGGCAUUCAAUAGGAUUCUCAUGGGCUUUCAGCCUUGUCAUGUUACAUCUUCCAAUGUAUAAAAAAUAUGUUGUAUAAUGUUAGUGGUAGAUAAAUCUCAUAGGUUAUACGCCAGUAGAUUUAUGUUGUAUUCAGGGUUGGGCAUCUUUAGUUGAUUCGUGGGUUUCCAGGAUUUUUUUGUUAACUCUCAACAACAGUGCUACAGAAUUGUCUAAAUGCAAUCUUAGGGGCUCUUAAAAUGCUUUUAAAUCCAGGAGAUGUGGCCCGAACUAAGGCACACCCUGGAUCCUCACAAGGGGCGAAACACAAGUUUUGCUCCCUGGACCUCCCGUGUAAAGUUCAGGAAUUGUUGCAUUCAGACAUUUCUGCCCCUGUGUAUUUAUGAGAGGAGAGUUGUUGGAACUUGAGUAAUUAUCAGGGAUGUGAUUUGCCCGCGGAUUCACAGAUUUCUGCAGAUCUUAUAAAGGCAGGACCAUUGACUGAUUAAAAUAUGUUCAGUUGUUACUUUAUUUGAUAGUAUUGACAGUUCAGUUUGCUUGAAAUUGGAAUUCAGGAGAGCCCUUAAAAUGACUGCUGCUUUUGCAGCAGGGUGUUUCACCCCGUUUGAUUUCCUUUGGGGGCCAAAAGCCCCACCCAAACAAGUCGUCUUAAUGGUUUCAGCCCAGCAGCUACCCCGGCAAUCACUUCCCUGUUUGAAUGUAUGUACUGUUAGUUAGCUGUACUGUUCUAUGACAAGAGGGGUUGUUGCACAUAUUGUACUUUGUUGCUACAUGUCCAGUUUUGGUUGGAAGGUUUGAAUAAUUUAUUUAAUUUGAUUAGGGACCAAUUUUUUAACAAUUUCAAAGACAUUUCACGUUCUGUCACCAAUUUGCAUACUUCAUCUUUAAAAGGUCUUGUUAAGAAAUAGCCACUGUUAAAAUUCUAAAAACAAACUUAAUUUAAGCCUGUAAUAAGACUUUUAAAGGGCUCGUUCACCUUUCAUGGGGUCAGACAUCAAAGAACAAUUUUAAUGUGUGAAAUAUGAACAAAAUGCUUAUUUCAUGAUACAAUCUCUUUAAAAGUUAAGAGUAAUACUCCAUUGAUAAUUGAUAACUUAAAAGUGGGACACAAAAUUUCACCAAAAAGCAUUUGUUACGCUAAUGAAAAUUGAAUAAAUUUGGCUCAGAUUUACUAAAAUCUGUUCAAAUGAGGAUACACCAGUUGCUGUUUAGUGUUUUUUUCACACAAAAAAGUGAGUGAAAAUAAAAAAGUGAGUGAAAAUAAAAAAGUGAGUGAAAAUUGUCUAUAUUUCAAUCAUGUUUAAAAUAAAAAGCUCAAAUAUUGCUACAGAAAACAUGUGAACAAAAUCUACCGUAAUGCUUUAAUUUUGUGGAAAUGUUUAACAUUUCCAAUAUUGUUAACAUAUUUAUAUAUAAAUACCCCCGGUAAUGAUUGCCCAACGGUUUUCAAUAACCAAACAAGUGUUACUUCCCUUGGAUGAAAAAAAGCCAAUAAAUCAGACUAAAUAAGGUCAGUAGUGAGAAUAAAACUUACGUGAUCUUAAACUCUUGAUCUUAAAAUCGUAUAGCACAAACAAUUUGUCUGUAAGUGCAGAAAUUGUUUUCAAACAAUUCUACUUUGUAAAUAAGUUGUAUGUUACUAUGGUGAUACAUUUGGCUAGAAUAUGAUGGUAUUUGUAUGGGUGUUCUCCUAGGCUACAGCAGAACUUGUGAUAUUCUCAAAAUAUAUCUGAUAUAAUAUGUAACUUACACUCGACUACAACACUACAUUUUGGUUUGAGUAUUUUAAUUGGUUUCCAUGACUUGUAUAUAUUUGUUUCUUUGCCUUUCCUAAAUAACUCAUCAUAGUGCUACAUAAAUAUGUCAUUUUGUAAAAAAAUUCAUAAUACUCGCCACUGUUGUAACUUAUCAUUUCUUUGUUGCAUUUUCUUUCUUUUUUUGUGUUAAUUGUUCAUGUCUUUGUUUUGUUAAAUUUACAUGUACAUAUCAGCACGAUGCCUUUAAGUUUUCAAAUUGCUGUGUUAAAGCAUGAAUAAAUAUAACUGUAUGUAUGUGAAUGAAAGCUAAUUUGUUAAAAGCUUAGUUUAAGCCUUCUUUAUGUGAAGCCCAAACCGAGCCCCAGGCCUCCAAUCUGGGGAAUCAUGUACAAACGUGUUUAUAGGUAGUGAUCUGAACUGCCAUCUGACGUCCACUAUUAAUGAUCAGAUCAAUGAAUAUUGAUUUGGAAUUUUGGUAUUAUUCAAUUCUGCAUUUUCUUUUCAAUUUUUUCAAAUUAUUCGGGUGAGAGGUAGAAACCUAUACCGUUAGAUUACCCAGUCCCUUUUUGUUUUGUAUGAUAGCAAAUUGGUUCAGUGAACUUGUUUAUAUGAUCGUUUAUUUUCUGAUCAAGAAUUUCUUGUUGUUUUUUUUUACUAUUCUGCAUGUUUAUGUAAUGCGAAUGAUUGAAUUGUGUUUAUUUCUAUUGAAGCAUUUAAUGCCUCCUCAUCAUCUAACUGUCCAUUUGAAACUUAUUCCACAAGAUUGUGGUGGCUUUAAAAUCAAUAAAUGAAAAAAAAAUUA